AUGAAGCUCAAUAUUGCCUAUCCCGCUAACGGCACUCAGAAGCUCAUUGAAAUCGACGACGAGCACCGCAUCCGUGCAUUCUACGACAAGCGCAUGGGCCAGGAGAUUGAGGGCGACUCCCUGGGCGACGAGUUCAAGGGCUACACUUUCAAGAUCACCGGUGGUAAUGACAAGCAGGGUUUCCCUAUGAAGCAAGGUGUUCUGCACCCCACCCGUGUUCGUCUGCUCAUGGACAAGGGCCACUCCUGCUACCGCCCCCGCCGCGCCGGUGAGCGCAAGCGUAAGUCCGUCCGUGGCUGCAUUGUUGGCCCCGACAUGGCUGUCCUCUCUUUGGUUGUCCUCAAGCAGGGUGAUGCUGAGAUCGAGGGUUUGACUGAUACAUCUGUCCCCAAGCGUCUUGGUCCCAAGCGUGCCAACAACAUCCGCAAGUUCUUUGGUCUCUCCAAGGAGGACGACGUCCGUCAGUUUGUCAUCCGCCGCGAGGUUACUGGCAAGAACGGCAAGACCUACACUAAGGCUCCCAAGAUCCAGCGCCUUAUCACUCCUCGCCGUCUCCAGCACAAGCGCCGUCACCGGGCUGCCAAGCUCGCCGCCGUCCAGAAGUCCAAGGACGAGGCUGCCGAGUAUGCUCAGUUGCUGGCUAAGCGGGUUAGCGAAAAGAAGGCCGAGAAGGCCGAGAUCAAAAAGCGCCGUGCUUCGUCGCUGCGGGCCUAA